AUGAGCUCAAAAGAGCAUUUAUCUGGGGUUGAUUGGAGGAACUGGCUUCUAGUUCUGAAACCAAGCAGCGAGAACAUCGAAUUUGCUAGAUACGCCAUGCCUCGUCCGGCCUUUGAAGACCUCCCUCUGCAACAGGGCCACCCUCAGUUUUCUGCUUGGGGCCUCUGGGGCAAGAGUGAUGAGCUCGGCACAUUGAACUUGCUGACGCCUGAAGUGAGAAAGAAUGCCGCGCGGGAGAUUCAAACGGGCGACACAAUCCCCCUCAGUCUCCCAAUAGAUGCCUUUUUGCAGCCCAUGAACCCAGUGCGCAAGCCUUGCUCCCACAGAAUCAUCGCCAAAGGCCACGCCAACGACGACGAGCUGGACAUCAACACCCAAGGCUCAAGUCACUGGGACGGGCUACGGCACUACCCUUACCAGUCAACCCUGGAGUACUAUAAUGGUGCCACGCAAGCAGACAUAUCUGGGAAAGAGGCAACCUUGAAGAUAGGAGUGCAUAACCUUGCCCGUUCUACUAUCACAGGGCGAGGUGUAUUACUCGACUGGUUUGGCUGGUCUCAGCAAAAUGGCAUCCGAAUCAACCCAUUUGCCGCCGAGGGAAUCCCACUAUCUCAGCUUCAGGCUGUGGCGCAGUCUCAAAACGUCACAUUUGUCCCUGGUGACAUUCUUCUCAUCCGCACAGGCUGGCUCUCCGCCUACCGAGCCCUUCCGGUCAACGAACAAGAGCGUCUACCCCAUCGCCAGGUACGAGCUUCUUGUGGCCUCGAAGCGAGUGAGGAAACUAUUCGAUGGCAUUGGGAGAAUGCCUUUGCAGCUGUUGCAAGUGAUACCGUGGCCUACGAGGCUUGGCCCAGCCCUCGACCAUGCGGCGCGGCAAUGCAUGAGGUGUUUUUGAGUGGAUGGGGGAUGCCUAUCGGCGAGAGUUUCGAUUUGGAAGCGCUGGCAGAAAAGUGCAACAAGGAGAAGAGGUGGGCUUUUAUGUUUGUUAGUGUACCACUGGAUAUUCCUGGAGGAGUAGCAUCUCCCCCUUCCGCGGUGGCUAUUUUCUAA